CGGGACGCGAGCGAGCGAGCGAGCGAGCGGCGCGGCAGCCGAAGCAACGCAAAAACGACACCAACGGGUGGAUUUUUAAGUCCGCUUCCCUUCGCCUUCCCCGUCUCCUCUCCCCGUGCCCUCCCCAUCCUUUUUUUUUACCCGCCCGCCCGCCAGCCGCCGUUUCGGUUGCUCGGCUGGGGGAGCACCAGCGCUCGAAGUCUAUGGCGGCGUCGGCGAGGGCGUGCUUGGUUGCGCUGGCGCUGGUGGCCGCGCUCAUCCUCGACGGACCAGCGGCAGCGGCGGCGGAGGAGGGGAAUGCCGGAGGCCGCGGGUCGCUGACGCUGAGGCAGCGCCGCCGGCAGCUGCUACGGCAGCGGCAGGUGCGCAGCCACCUCAAGCGCCUCAACAAGGCGCCGCUCGCUACCAUUCAGAGUCCAGAUGGAGACAUCAUAGACUGCGUGCAUAUCUCCAAGCAGCCUGCCUUGGAUCACCCCUUCCUUAAGAACCACACCAUCCAGAUGCGGCCUGCAUACCACCCGGAAGGUCUGUAUGAUGAGUCCAAGGUUGCAUCGCAGCAGAACGCCCAAACAAUCACCCAAAUGUGGCAUCAGAAUGGCAGGUGCCCCGAGAACACGAUACCGAUCAGGAGGACCAAGGAGGAGGACGUCCUGAGGGCCAGCUCCGUCAGGAGGUAUGGCAAGAAGAAGGGCAAGACUACCGCGAACCCCAUGUCGGUUGACCCUGACAUGCUCAACGAGAGCGGCCACCAGCAUGCCAUAGCAUAUGUGGAGGGCGAUAAGUACUAUGGCGCCAAGGCUACCAUCAAUGUGUGGCAACCGAAGAUCGAGCAGGCUAAUGAGUUCAGCCUGUCCCAGCUCUGGAUCUUGGGGGGCUCCUUCGGACAGGACCUCAACAGCAUCGAAGCAGGAUGGCAGGUUAGCCCAGACCUGUAUGGAGACAACAACACUAGGCUCUUCACCUACUGGACUAGCGAUGCGUAUCAAGCAACAGGAUGCUACAACCUGCUGUGCUCGGGGUUCAUCCAGAUAAGCAAUCAGAUCGCCAUGGGCGCCAGCAUCUUCCCUAUCUCCAACUAUGGUGGUUCCCAAUAUGACAUCAACAUUUUGGUCUGGAAGGACCCAAAGGAGGGCAACUGGUGGUUGCAGUUCGGGAACGACUAUGUUCUGGGCUACUGGCCGUCCUUCCUCUUCUCCUACCUGGCCGACAGCGCCUCCAUGAUCGAGUGGGGCGGCGAGGUGGUGAACUCAGAGCCCGACGGCAGUCACACCACCACACAGAUGGGCAGCGGACACUUUCCGGAGGAAGGGUUCGGCAAGGCCAGCUACUUCAGAAACAUCCAAGUGGUGGACUCGACCAACAACCUCAAGGCGCCAAAGGGCGUGGGAACCUUCACCGAGCAAUCCAAUUGCUACGACGUGCAGAACGGCAACAAUGGUGACUGGGGCACCUACUUCUACUAUGGCGGCCCCGGGAAGAACUCUAACUGUCCAUAGUGAAGAUUGAAACCGCCUAUCAGGAGCCCUAACACCCUCUUUGACACCUCUGUAUUACCAUCCAGUAAAUUAGUUUAUACUACCUCAUUUUCUUCAUUUUUUCUCUCUUGGUUUUGGUUUUGUUUUACUCUUUACCUCUACCCCUAGUUUAUUAACUUCUAGGUGAGUGAGCGUGUGUUGACAUGCAUGUGAGAUUGUUCUCUCUGCCUCAGAGAGAGAGAGAGAGAUGUUGGUCGUCUGGUUCGUUCUAGGGAGGAGGAAAGGACUGUGGUCAAGUUCAGUAAAAAAAAAGGACUGUGGUCAAGUUUCUGAAGAGAAACAGGCCUGUUGGUUUGGUUGUGCCUAGUGUCUGUCAAAUAGUUUUGUUUCCUUCACCCCAUACCUUCGACCCUGUCAAGUUGAAUCGGAUUUGUUAAUUGUUGGUGACUGUGA